AUGGAUUCUCCCGCACGUGCCGACACAGAGCCGUUUCCCGCUCUAAACCAAACGCCUUCCUCUGGCCUUGCGCAGACUGCCAGCGUCGGCUCUCGCAGCGCUGCGACAAAUCGUCAGGCCGCUUCCUCGUCAUUCAGCAAUCGCCUUCGCCGCGCGUCAGAGACGUUCGAGCAAUCGAAUCUGCCCGAGGGCUUCUUCGCAGCGGCUAGCGGCAUCGCUUCAUCCAUACUGUCGCACCCGACCGUGCCCCAGCCAGUCGUGUCCACCGACUCGCCUGCCACCCAACAACCCGACGACGGACAUGCGCCGCUGCAGCCUACCGUUAGCAAACCUGCAUCGAAUGCAGGAGCUCCAGAGAUCAGUACGGAUGGGGCAUCUGUGCCGCGGGAUGAAAAACUAACCGAGGAACCGCCCGGCGCCGCUCCCUUUCCCAAUGGGUACCAUUUCCCACCCAAACACUCCUUUGCCGAGUCUACCAAGCUUGGGUGCAUGGCCUUCUGGAACUACUUCCUCACCCCGGUCGGCUUCGUCGUCACCAUCUAUGGCCUGAACGUGGUGGCCUGGGGCGGCAUGCUCUUCCUUCUCUUGUGCAAUGCCGCGCCGGCCAUGUGCACACCGACAUGCAAUGACAUCAACUCACCGAGACGUAUCUGGAUCGAAAUAGACUCACAAAUACUCAAUGCCCUCUUCUGCGUGACCGGCUUCGGCCUGGCUCCGUGGAGGUUUAGGGAUCUCUACUUUCUCAUGCAGUAUCGCCUGUUCAAGAAGCCUAUUGCUCUGCGCCGGCUCGCCGGAAUCCACCGUGGUUGGUUCCGACUCGAAGGCUCUACCUAUCUCCCCGCCGAACUAGGACCUAUGAACAUCUCGGAUGAGGCGUGCCAAGAAUAUCCGCGCUCGGCCAUUCCAUUUCCCGACAGGAAGAUCCCCAACCCUCCCCUUACCGGAGUGCGAGCUAGAAUGACAAGGGUGUGGAAGUUGGAUCUUGUCAUCUGGCUGAUGGUAUGGAACACCUUUUUCCAAUGCUGCCUAGCAGGCUUCAUGUGGGGAAUGAACCGCUACGAUCGACCCAGCUGGUCCACGGGCCUCUUCGUCGCUCUUGCUUGUAUCGUUGCUGCCGCCGGCGGACUCGUCAUGUUCAUCGAAGCCAAGGCGGUAAAGGGCAUCGAAGGUGUCCCCGUCAGCCAGAAAGACGCAGAUAAGCUGCAGAGGGACCGAGAACGCGGUGUUUGGCAUUUUAACAACAUCAAGGAUCAAGACUCGGCGGCCAAAAAAUCCAAGAAGUAA